GUGCAGCGUUGGCCGCUGACUGCAGGCUCGCCGGGGAUCCUGUCCUACAACUUCCAGAAGCCCCGAGGGUGACCGCUGCCGCGGGAGGCGGCCCGCGGAGGCCCUGGCUCCGUUGCAUCCCUCUAUGAUCAGGGGUGACAACAAGUUAAGUGUUUUCCUGAAGGUGUCUGACUUAUGAAAGUUGGAGCCCAGGCCGCUCUUCUGUGAGCCUUCUGUUGGGUCUAAAGGAGUUCCUGAUCAGAAUGGCUUUGGGAUGGUUUUACCUGUCCUGCCUGGUGCUGGGGUCCCUGGGUUCAAUGUGCAUCCUCUUCACUACCUAUUGGAUGCAGUACUGGCGAGGUGGCUUUGCCUGGGAUGGCAGCGUGCAUAUGUUCAACUGGCACCCAGUGCUCAUGGUUUCUGCCAUGGUGGUGAUCUACGGAGCUGCAUCUUUGGUGUAUCGCCUUCCUGCAUCAUGGGUGGGACCCAAGCUGCCCUGGAAACUCCUCCACGCAGCCCUGCACCUGAUGGCCUUCAUCUUCACCGUUGUGGGGCUGGUUGCCGUCUUUCAGUUUCAUAGCCACUCAAAAAUCGCCCACCUCUACUCCCUGCACAGCUGGCUGGGCAUCACCACUGUCAUCCUCUUCUCCUGCCAGUGGUUCCUGGGCUUUGCUGUCUUCCUCCUGCCCUGGGCAUCCCUGUGGCUACGCAGCCUUCUGAAACCCAUGCAUGUCUUCUUCGGAGCCUCCAUCCUCUCCCUGUCCAUCGCAUCUGUCAUUUCUGGCAUCAAUGAAAAACUUUUCUUCGUUUUGAAAAAUGCCACCAAGCCUUACUCCAGCCUGCCCAGUGAGGCUGUCUUUGCCAAUAGCACCGGGCUCCUGGUGGUGACCUUUGGGCUCCUGGUUCUCUAUGUUCUUCUGGCCUCAUCGUGGAGACGCCCGGAGCCAGGGACGCUGAUUGACAGAGAGCCUAUGUUGCAUGACGGGGAAUGAAGCGGGAAGGGGCUCCCAGAACAGUCUGCAGUGCGGUGUCUCUCCCUCAGAAGCUCUGCUCCAUGAGGCCGGUGUCAGCAGCUGACUUUCUUGGGUUGGAGCCACACUUCUCCUGGCCUUGGAGUCAGAGGCUGGACCUGCCUGAAGUAGGCAGGAAAGCCUGCACCCUGCAAGGGAAAGGAAAGGCACAGAAAUUUCUCUCCACCACUUGCUGCCCAUCUGCUUCUCUUAAGGGCUGUGGCUUUUUGGCUUUGCCUUUUCAGGUUCUCCAUUUGCAUACGAUCCUCCUGGUCCUGGUCCCUCAUGGCACUUCUGCUGGAUCUGCGGAAGUUGGCUUGAUUUCUUAGUAAGACUCUUCUGAUAUGGUAGAAAAUCCCAACAGCUCACAAAUGCUGAAGCUCAGGGUUAGUCCAUAAUUUGAGGUAUUAAGUCAGCUCUUUCUUUGGAGGUAUAUGUCCCAGUUAGGACACCCACCAGGGCACAGCUGCCUCUGCUCUGUUGCUCCCUCCUGCCCUGGCUGGAUGUGCAAUUGGGUGGGAAAGGCAUUAGGGUGGCUGAAAGAGAAGGGGGUGGUAGCAGAAUGGCUGUUGCAGAGAGGUCGAGGGGCAGAGUGCCUGGAACUGUUCUUGCACAUCUCUGCACUGUCCUAUGUAUAUCGUGACCAUUUGGCUUCACUUCUUUCAGCUGCUGCUUCAGCUGUGGCCUGGAACCCGCCCUUUCCCUGUGACUUAUGUGCCUGUCACACAGGCAGCCAUGUGAGCCCUGGUAACCUGCUCUCCCAGGAACAGACAGCUGUCCCCACAGUACCAUGUGAUGAGUAGCAGAAGUUUCUGUGCCUUUCUUUCCUUUCCCUUGCUGGGUGCAAGCUUUCCUGCCUGCUUCAGGCAGGUCCAGCCUGUGCCCUUGGCAGGGUCCCAGCCUAGCUGGUCUUUCUUCUGCAGGCCACCAUGACCCAUAGGCCAGUGUUAACUGCGCUCCGCAGAGCCCUGGGCCACUGCUGCUUUGGAGGUGUCCUUGCUGAGUACUUAGGUGCCUCUUCUGCCCCAUAAAGGCUGCUUGUCUGGCUGAACCAGCCUCAGUGGCAUGCUAGAGUGCAAGCUUUGCUCUUCUCCUGAGAAGAAACCCAGCAGGGAGGGUUCCUCCUGUCUUGUACAGAUGAGCCCUGCCAGGCGCCAGCCUCCAGACUGCUAGGCUUUGCAGACAGGUGUGAGGAGCCUGGUAUUUUGCACUCCCUGAAGGCAGCGGACAGGCUGAUUUUCCUAUUUCCAGAAUUUGGCGGGAGAGCUGCGUUGGACUGUACAUUGGAUGAGGCCUGCAUGGCGCUGGGAUGACUGCCAGGCACCUCUGUUGUGAUCCGCUCUGCUGGCUAACAUUUGAGGGGGUGUUUCAGUUGUUUAUGAAUCUGGUUUUCAUUAAACAUGUUUUUAUGUACCAAA